UCCACAGGUAUCAUAAUGGGUACUGACCAUGAUGACGUGAAACUGAGUACUAUGGAGAUGGAGGAAAGUGGAGGAAGCGACUCGUCAUCGGAGAAAUCGAGCUCGCGCGGGAUCUACUGCCGCAGGAGUCAGAUCGCAGCCUUCGUGGUCCUAGCGCUCUUGCUGAUGGCAGCGGUGGGCCUGCUAGCGGGGCUCCUGCCGCAGUGUGAGGUACCAUCGAAGGAACCUAUCAAUGCCACCCCGGAUAAACCCGAGCCUACGAUGAUGAAAACCACGAAAAUGCCGCAGGUGACUACCAAGAAGCCGCAAGUGACCACCGCCCAACAACCCCCAACCAAAGCGAUGACCACCGUCCAACCAACCACGCCUGUCCCGUGUAAUGAUCCCUGGUGCCCUCUACGUCUCCCCUCUGCCGUCUAUCCAGAACACUACAAGUUGCUGCUCUACCCGAAUCUAGACACCGCUAACUUCACCGGCACAGUGGACAUCGACAUCGUGGUGAAUGAGACCAUCAGGUUUCCACGGCUCCACAUCAAGGAAAUGAUCAUCCUUUCGUCUGAGAUCAGACCGGCCGUAGAUUCAGGCUCCACGCCGGCACCACCUCUGGCGGUUACUCGGUCCUUUGAGUAUGCCAAGAAUCAGUUUUACGUGAUGGAGAUGGCGCAAGAUCUGCAGCCAGGCAAAUAUGUUUGGAGCCUGGAGUUUCAGGGAUAUCUGCAACCAAACCGUGUCGGCUUCUACCUGAGCACGUACACAAAUGACAAAGGCGAAAAAAGGAAAAUGGCCACCAGUAAAUUUGAGCCUACGGACGCUCGUCGUGCAUUCCCGUGUUUUGAUGAACCUAACCUGAAGGCCAACUACACCACGACACUAGUUCAUCCUGAGGCACCCUAUAUUGCUCUGUCCAAUAUGAACAACGUUAGUACCACGGAAUACCCUCUCAACACGUCCUUGUGGCAGACAGAAUUUGCCACUUCUGUCAAGAUGAGUACCUAUCUGGCUUGUUUCAUCGUCUGUGACUUCCAGUACAAGGAGAAACUUCUAGACACUGGAGUACCGUUCAGAGUCUACGCCCCUCCCUACCAGAUUGACCAGGUAGAUUACGCACUGGAGGUUGGUGUCAAUGUCACCAAUUAUUUUGAGGAUUACUUCGAUCUGGCCUACCCUUUACCAAAACUGGACAUGAUAGCGAUUCCAGACUUCACGUCGGGUGCAAUGGAGCAUUGGGGUUUGAUCACCUAUCGUGAGGUCUACCUGCUGUACUCAGAUACGGAAUCAUCGGAAGCAAACAAGCAGAGAAUUGCUGAGGUCGUCGCUCACGAAUUGGCUCAUCAGUGGUUUGGUAACAUCGUCACCAUGGAUUGGUGGGAUGACCUGUGGCUGAACGAAGGCUUUGCAAGCUAUGUGGAGUACCUUGGUGUAAACGAAUGUCACCCUGACUGGCAGAAGAUGAACCAGUUUUUGAACCAGGACUUUUUCUACGUCAUGGGCAACGAUCAGAUCGUCAGCUCUCAUCCAAUCAUCGUGGAUCUUCAGAAUCCCGAUCAGAUUAACGAAGUCUUUGAUUCUAUCCCGUACAGCAAGGGGGCUAGUGUUCUUCGCAUGUUGAAUUACAUCGUUGGGGAGGAUGUCUUCAAAGAAGGUGUAGCGAAUUACCUGAAGAAGUAUGAGUACGGCAAUGCCGUCAGUGACGAUUUGUGGCGUGAGAUCGCAAGUGUCAGCGAAGAAAAGGGUGACAACAUCGACGUGAAGUACAUCAUGGAUUCCUGGACAUUGCAGAUGGGUUUCCCCGUAGUCACCUUGACUAAGACAGUUACUGGCACAGAGGUCAGGUUUGACGUUAAGCAGGAAUGGUUCUUGGUCAACCCGGAAGCCGAUAAGAGUGAAGAUCUUUACGGCAGCAAAUUCAACUACACAUGGAACAUUCCCUUCAACACUUACUUCGAGUCAAAUACGAGUGACAUCGUCCCCAACUACAUGCCUUACACAGGAGUAACAUUUGACAGACGGGUUUACGAGAAAGAUAAUUGGUACGUCGCCAACUACGGCAAUUACGGAUUCUACCGUGUCAACUACGACACACAAAAUUGGAAUCUGCUGAAUGAGCAACUAGUUAACAACCAUACAGUCAUCGAUAUCCGAAACCGGGCUGGCUUGUUGGAUGAUGCCUUUAACUUGGCAAGAGCCGAGAUGAUCGACUACGACAUCCCCCUAGAUCUGACCAAGUAUUUGGUUCAAGAAGAGGAAUACACACCUUGGGAUGCUGCCUAUGAUGGCAUUAUCUAUCUACGGGAAAUGCUUCGCUUCCGGCCAGCGUAUGCUAAACUAAGGAAAUACUUUGCCGCACAAGCCAAGCCGAUGCUUGAUAAACUGACUUGGGAAGACACAGGCAGUCACAUGGAAAAGUAUCUUCGUAGCGACAUCAUCUACAUGUCUUGUGGAUUCGGAGACACUGAGUGUUUGGAUCAAGCCGUCACACGUUUCAGAGAUUACUUAGCUGGCACCAGUGUUCCCGUCAACAUCCGAAGGCAGGCCUAUCGUUUUGGCAUGGAGGAGGAAGGCGACCAGGACGCAUGGGACUAUCUGUGGGACAUGUACCUGAACAGCACCGUGUCCACGGAGAAGACUAACCUACGCUACGCCAUGGCACGCACCCGGCAAGUCUGGCUGCUUGCAAGGUAUUUGGAGUACUGCCGAGAUGAUACCAAGAUCCGCAGUCAGGAUUUCUUCAGCACGCUGGACUACAUCGCAGGAAAUCCCGUCGGUAAUCCUUUGGUCUGGGACUGGGUGCGAGCCAACUAUGACUACCUCCUGGAAAGAUUUGGAGUCAGCGAUCGCUACUUGGGUCGUCUUAUCCCUGGAUUCACCGACUACUGGAACACUGAACAGAAACUCAAAGAACUGGAAGACUUUUGGGCAGAGUACCCUGACGCCGGGGCCGGAGCAAGAGGCCGCCUUCAGGCGGUGGAACGUAUCAAGACCAACAUCAAAUGGAUGGCUAAGAACGAAGACAUCAUCACAAAAUGGCUGGACGAUAACAUGUAGGCCUCACAUUCCUAUCGGAAUCCCACAAAAACUGCCAAAAUCCUACACAUGUUAAGUUAACUAAUGUCACUCUCUUUCAGUGCAUUCGAAUACUUCCCCUGCGCUUACUCCUGCAAGCGCGACAGCGUUCAAUUUACCUCUCAGGUGACUUCUCGCGCUUACUCGAGCCUGGCCCAAGUAACCGACUCGCCGAGCCGGUUACUUGGGCAAGUAUCCCAUAAGGCCAUGCAACGUCCGGCGGGCACCUAAGCUCAGGCUGUGUCCACGGGCUUCCACAGAGCAUAGAGCUACAACUAUUCCCAAAGCUACGGCUAUGAAGUGGGCGUGGACGUGCUCUAGACAGUUAAUUGAUUCGGAUGCAGCCU